AAAGGAGUUGUGCUAUCAUGUUGAUCUCAUCGUCCGGGGAAAAUCGAACACGAAAAGUUGCAUAUCAAGUGAAAAUGUGUCUGGGUCUGGAAGAGUCCGAGUUUGUCAUGCCAAAUCUGAAUCGUACAGAAAAGGAAAACUCACUGUAUUGCAUGAACCGCAAAAGUUAAUACCCACUUCUUGCCACGCAAAAGGCGAAUUUCUCUUCAGUAUUGGGAAGCUCUUCCUUGCGAAAUUUGUGAUGCUUCUCGUCGGUGCAUUCCAGACCAUCUUUGUGAUCCACGAGAUGCAUGACAAACCUUGCUCUCUUCCAGAGCCAGAGAGAUAUUUGCAUUUGAUAUUGCAAGUGCAUCGACAACAUCUUCAAACCACUGAUGCUCGAAGAACCCGAAGGACCACAGGCUACUACCCGUUCUACCAGCAUAGCGGCUACUUGCGUGACACCUUCGGCUUCAUCCUCCAGCGGGAACACGGCGGCCUCCUCCACUGGGAAUGAAAAACGAAGGACGACUGAACCAAGGAACAGCCCGCAGCUUGCAUCGAGGUGGAUCAGCACAAAAAGAACCGUGAACAACUUCUAGCAGUGAAGAACAUCAACUACAGUGGGGGAGAAACGAGAAGCUAGUUUUCGAGAAGACCACACACGUCGCUCUGAGGAGGUGUCACCAGAGCGGAUGAUAGAUCAUCAUCCUUUUUUUUGUCUGCCCGGCCAUAGUACAACUUGUCGGAGCUCUAAGUUUAGACGAAGCCAAGUAGUAGUCUGGUCUGAUGCAGCCUGUGUGGCGGACAAGAAUAAAAAAGUGCGAAAAUGCUUCUAACGGCAUCGGCAACUACACCCACAGUUUGCAGCACGAAGGGCUGCCCCACAAAGAAGAAAAUAUCACGAGGAAGCGGGCAUGUGGAAUUUGUAGCCAUGCAGCAACCACACCACGAAGGUCGCGAACGAACAUAUUACGAUGUAUUCGUUGCUUCGGAAACCAGAUGGAAUCUUGACUCGACCGUCACGAAGUUUCAGAGCUGCAAGUAGCUGCACUUUUUUGAUUUUUCAAACAGACACGAGAACGAACGGGGGAGAGCCUGCACAACUAGCUCCACACGGCAACAUGAUAAAAUAGAAGAUAGCAUAAAAAUAUUCUUCACGACGAAAAGAUUUUUUCACCCUAUUUUUUUGUUACCCUACGAAGCCACAUUUUUUUACCCUCACGACACGCGACCACCAUGACCAUGACAAGAGUGCUAGCACUAAGGCGCUCUCGCCUUUUUAUACAUUUUCCAACCUGAUGAGCAAACCUGUACAAUUACGAAGUUUUGGCGAACUGACUGAAGGGGCUACACCUUUGCGACAUGAUCAUAAUUUCAUACGAAAAAUUUGAUAAUUUUUUAGGAUCGUAGCAGCUUCAGCUUUUGCUUGAGGCUGAGCGUCAGCUCCUGCUGUAAUAUGUAGCGCCAGACCUGCAAAAGCCUCUAGCAGGUGUCAAAGGUAGGAGCACUCUGCUAUUGCGACUACUGGCUACAAAUGGCUCGUCAGAACAAAAUCCGCUGAGCAACGCCAAUGACGAACUUCCUAAGUGUAUGGAUGGCCUGCAAGAAUUUCUGUGUAGCCUUGCAAAACGGGAGUACAAACUCAUUUGACGAGCAGUUGCUGCACCAUGGCGACAACGCAAAAACGAUCAUGCGUGGUAGUACAGUACAAUAGAAAUUUUUUAAACUGUUCCUGUGAAAAAGAGCUCGAUCUUGUGUGAUUUGUAGCAGUUUACUAGAGGUUGAAAUAAGUAUCUAUCAACGUUGCUUUGUUUCAUCAUGGUUUGUUGUAUCUCGUGCCUCGUUUGUACCAGUAUGUCUACGACGAGGAUGAUAGAGCUCGAGACGCUUUUCCGUUUGCGUCAGUAAAUUUGGUGUGUUAUGUUGUGUCAGUUUUGUUUUCGACCGAAGCGGAAUAAGAUAACAAGGAGGUCGGUGGGUGGAGGUACAGAGCUGCAAAGCUCAAGUCAAAAUAUCAAAUAUAUGCACUUCGAAUCUGGUUUCAGGUUCAUGUUUUGAUUUAGCGUAGUUUUCAUUUUCUAUUCUUGCCUUGCGACCCGCAGCUGCACCCACACUACUUUGUUCUUGUCACUAGAAAUGGUCCAGGGACAUCAGCCACCCUCACUCUGAAAGUGUCGUCUUUUGGGAGUACGUAUGUCAUUGCCGUGUUUUUUCCCUGUCGCGCAAGUCAAGUAUUUCACCGGUUUGCCUAAUGCCUGCGCUACGUAUUACUUUACUUGUCCUACCCCUACGCACCAUGUUGGUCACGGACUUGGUUUCGUGCUAGAGACCACCACGACCAUUGCGCCUCAGUGACCUACCAGAUCAGGAAGAUGAACUUGAAACGGACUUCGAUUUUUCGUGCAUAUUUAUUAUGCUUCGCUAUGUAUUUGUUCAUAGAGAAUGCAAAUACUCCACACCUUUAAGGUUAAGCUCAACACUCUGUCAUACUCUAGCUCAUUUGCGCUGAUCCUCUCACGCAGCCGCGUUUGCUUCGUGCCCUGCUAGCAACUGUCUUUCCGCGCACAAGGAUUGCAAGAUGCUAUCAUCGGCAAAGGGAGCAAAUCGCCUUGGUUGUUUGAAUUUCAAUUUUUUCAGCUAUAAAAUAAUGAGAACUCAUUGUAUUGACAAGUAAGAGAGAUACUUUUUAGUUGAAUAUUUAUUCUAGAUUGUAAGGGCGCUGUACAAUUUUUAGAAUAAGUCCAAGUUGUUGUAACCUGGAGUUUCACAAGACUGUUUCACCCAUAGAUACACCAAAUUUGUUGACCAAAACCAUUUAGUUCAAUUUUCACACAACGUGGGCAGGCGGUGCCAUAAGGAGAAAAUUGCGAUUUAUCUUCGUCAGGGGGCCCGACGGUCGUGCAACAGUGAGUCUGACGUUCAGAUGAUUCAUGAUAGAAGCCCGCCUGCUAACUGCGUACAAGGAUAGCACAUCAAGGGGCUGAGCUGCUAGACUGCUCUGCGAAUGACGAGCGCAAGAUAAACAUACUUACGACCGACCGCGACGAAGAUGAUUUUUCCCUACGUUCGAACUGUGUUUUGUAAUCGAACAAAGACCACCACCACAUGAUCAUCUGCUUCAAGGGUAGGUCAAAACACAUAUCAAAAUAUCAAAAUCUGAAUAAAUUUUCAUCGAUUCCAGCUGGAUGGAACUUCUCUCUUCAGACACAGAAACGGUCCUGCAGUUCUUGCGACGCGAAUCUUGCAAGACCAGGGUUGUGACGGAGCACGAUUUCCUCGUGCUGUGUUUACGUUUAGAGAGAGGUGGCGGCAACUUACAAUUACAAGGACGUGGAUGAAGAGCAGCUAGCAUUACAACUACUGGAGCACCACCAUCUUCGAGCGUGG